CAAGCAAGAAGGCCCUGAAAACUACAAGUCCCAGCAGGCGCCGCGGCAGUGAGACUCACUAGCGCUGUUCAGACCCUAUGAAUGAAUGAAUGAAAUUGUCGCGAGGAUUCUGGGAGAGAAACAUGGCGGCUGCUGGGCUGUGGCGUAGGACGGGAAGGCUCCGUGAGAUGGCGCAAGCCCGAGGAGCUUGGCCCCGGCUUUACAGCAUGUCCCCUGCCUUCGCUGACGUGCUAAAGCUUCCGCAGAAACAGCUAACGAAAAUUGUAUACCCGCUGCGGGAACUGGCGCAGUACCUCGUCACGGACACCGGGCCAGGCCUCUUAGAACAGAGACUCUUCGACCCCAGCCUGGAGGACAUCGCUAGGGCGGAGAGCGUUUUCGAGGCCACAGCCCGGAACCGCAUCGACUACCUCAGCUCCGCCGUCCGCCUAGACCACGCCCCGAGCCUGCAGCAGCCGGAGGUGUGUUUCAUAGGCCGAAGCAAUGUUGGAAAAUCCUCCUUGAUAAAGGCCUUGUUUUCGCUGGCCCCUGAUGUAGAAGUCAGAGUCUCAAAAAAACCGGGGCACACAAAGAAAAUGAAUUUUUUCAAAGUUGGAAAAUACUUUACAUUGGUGGACAUGCCAGGGUAUGGCUAUAGAGCCCCCGAAGACUUUGUUGACAUGGUAGAGGCCUAUCUAAAAGAACGAAAGAACUUGAAGAGAACAUUUUUGUUAGUGGAUAGUGUUGUUGGAAUUACAAAAGUAGACAAUAUUGCCAUAGAGAUGUGUGAAGAAUUUGCAUUGCCUUAUGUGAUGGUAUUAACAAAAAUUGACAAAUCUUCCAAAGGCUAUCUUUUAAAACAAGUACUUCAGAUCCAGAAGUUUGUUAACACACAAACACAAGGCUGCUUUCCUCAGUUGUUUCCUAUAAGUGCAGUGACCUAUUCUGGAGUGCAUCUGUUGAAAUGCUUUAUAGCAGACAUAACAGGAAAUCUCAAGUAAAUGCUCCCAGGGUUGAUAAAGGUUCAACGUUCUUCGUGUCAACUGGAGUUAAACACCUAGAAGAAUUCCAGUAUUGUUUUAAAUACUGUGCAUCUCAACCUGCAGGAGAAUCAAUUCAACUUUAAAACCUGCAUCAUCCUGAGUGAAAACGAAUUUGUUGGGGGUGAGGGUUAUAAUUAAAUCAUAUUGUUCAUUAGGACAGAUGCUAGCUGUCUUCUAUUUUAACAAACUGACAAGUCCAAGAGCAUACAGCAGUAUAUGAAGUGAGACUGUUGCCACUAUGUAGAGAGGUUUGCUAUAUUAUUCGUCUUAUAAAAGAAAUGUCUACCACCUUUAAUGCUGUGAAUGUGAACUAGGUAAGGUGGGGUGCCUUUCUGUAAAGCGUGCCUAGGUAAGUAGAAAAGUAAAUGGCUGUAUGUAUGCUUAUAAUUCUUUUAGUCAUUAUUUGAAUAUAAAAAAAACUGUCAAAAUUUGUCCAGCCAUGGAAAAACCAGUCACGUGGGAGUAGAAUCAUUCACUACCCUUUGGGCGAACACAGGAUUGAUAAUCAGAAUCCAGGAUUCAGAUUCCUAUUGUCUGUUAUUACUUGCUCCUUGGGGAUAUCACCUGAUGUCUCCUCACCUUGUUGAUAGCUGUCAGCACCUUAGUUAUGAAGGCUAACAAGUUAUAUUGAUGGCAGCUGUAUAUUUGCAAGUCAUAAUCAACCAAAGCACACAGCAAACCUCAUAGGCUUUUAUCACGAAAACAUCCCGCCUUGAAGGAAGUAGCAGAGAUCACAGGACCUAGUUUUAAGUGAAUUUGCAAGUCAGUGGGAUCAUUGCACCAUAGAUUUAAAACAGGCAGACUGGCUUUGAGCUGCAGCUUACUGGAGCAAAAUUUUUAUGAAGGCAUCAACUCUUCAUGAAGUGUCUUAGUAUUCCAAAGUGAGAUUGCUGCCAGAGGGUAUAGCUGUGGUAAAGCCGUACAACUUUGUGGCUUUUAAAAACUCAAUAGGAAAAAUUUCAGCUGUUUUAUAAUUGAUAAAGUUAGUCUAUUUUAUCCUAACUAACAGUAUUUGAAGCCAAAAAUAAUUUUUUAAAUUUUUUUCACAAAGCAAACAUAGGUGUUAAAAGAAUUACAUUCAAAGGCUUCCUUCUGCCAGGAGCAGGGCUCUGUCAAAGCUGUAGCAUUCUUGUGAGGUGAUGAAGCGAACAGGAGUGCUGAAGAAGGAAGGCUUGCCCCGCAUGCCUGGCCACCACAGACACUGGUACUUGGUGUAGAAGGACUUUGUGAGCAGCCUCGAGACAUGGAUUUCUGGAUCAAGAGGAUGUAGUUCAGUGGUAAAGCCAUGGCCUAGCAGAUAUGGGGCACUAGGUUCCAUUCCCACCAAAACAAACAAAACCUUGGGCUUUCUUUGACCAGAGGAUGAAGCAGGUAUAUUCCUCUUCCUAGUUGCACGUACCCAAGUGCCAAGCAGUUCCUGUAGCUUGUCUAAACCCAGAGGUUCACACACACAUACACACAAAGCUACAUACUUCUCUUAAGUCACCCUUUCUGGCCUGGAGGAGUUGAAGGCCAGCAGAUUUCCCAUGACCAUCAUGUCUGGAGCAGUUGUACUGAUAUGUACAAAGUCAGGUGAUAGCACUGAUACCAGGUUGCAAGUUUAUGAUGGGCCUUAUUCCUGGCAUACACUCACCUACUUUUUUGCAUCCCUUAGAAACAAAAAAAAAAAAAAAUUCCAAAAGCCUUGUAACAUAUCCUCUUAAGAGUUACAGUGACAAAAUGAAGAUUAAAUAAUAGUUUUUCCAUUUGAGUAAUGGCAAAUAUUUUGAUAAUUCAUUUUAGUAACAGCAUAUACUGCAUAUACACAUUGUUAUUCAAGAGAAGAACCUGGACAGUUGAGAUGGUCCGGUGGAUAGACACACAUGCUGCUAAGCCUGACACUGAAUUCAACCUGGGACCUGCAGAUCAACUCCCACCAGUCAUCCUCUGAUAUCCACACACGUGUACACACACACAUACAAACUGUAAAGACUUUUUAAAAGGAGUGGGGCCAGUGAGGUCAAGUGAACCUUUAUGGUGCUUCCUUACUACUCUCCAACCUUGUUCCCUGUUUACCCUCAGAUACGAAAGAUU